AUGGGCGGCAACCCUAUGGUUCAAGUUCAAUACCUGAAAGAGACCAAGACCUUCUCACCACAGGAGGUCUCAUCAAUGGUCCUCACAAAGAUGAAGGAAGUUGCAGAGGUCAAGCUCGGCAAGAAGGUCUCAAAAGCCGUCGUCACGGUCCCCGCAUACUUCAACGACAACCAGCGGCAAGCCACCAAGGACGCAGGCGCCAUCGCCGGUCUGAAUGUUCUCCGUAUCAUCAACGAGCCCACCGCCGCCGCUAUCGCCUACGGUCUCGGCUCCGGCAAGUCCGAGAAGGAGCGCAACGUCCUCAUUUACGAUCUUGGUGGAGGCACUUUCGAUGUGUCGCUGCUCAACAUCCAGGGCGGUGUCUUCACUGUCAAGGCUACUGCUGGUGAUACUCAUCUCGGCGGCCAAGACUUCGAUACUAACCUGCUGGACCACUUCAAGAAGGAGUUCACUCGCAAGACUAAGAAAGAUCUCAGUGGCGAUGCCCGCGCUCUACGAAGACUACGAACUGCUUGCGAACGUGCCAAGCGCACCCUGUCCAACGGUACCCAAACCACCGUCGAGAUCGACUCGUUGUUCGACGGAGAGGACUUCAACGCUCAGAUCACCCGCGCUCGCUUCGAGGAUCUCAACGCCAAGGUCUUCAACGGUACUCUAGACCCUGUUGCACAGGUCUUGAAAGAUGCGGGAAUUGACAAGAAGGCCGUGGACGAGAUUGUCCUGGUUGGCGGCAGUACGCGUAUUCCCCGAAUCCAGAAGCUCCUCAGCGAUUUCUUCGACGGCAAGAAGCUCGAAAAGAGCAUCAACCCCGAUGAGGCUGUUGCAUAUGGCGCUGCGGUUCAGGCUGGUAUUCUCUCAGGCAAGGCUCAGUCAGCCGAUACUGCCGAUCUGCUGCUCUUGGAUGUGGUCCCUCUUUCUCUCGGUGUCGCGAUGGAAGGCAACAUCUUCGCGCCGGUCGUUCCCCGCGGCAACACAGUUCCCACGAUCAAGAAGCGAACAUUCACUACAGUGGUUGAUGGUCAACAAACCGUCCAGUUCCCAGUUUUCCAGGGUGAACGAACCAACUGCGAGGACAACACAUCCCUCGGCGAGUUCACCCUCGCACCCAUUCCACCGAUGAAGGCCGGCGACGCACAACUCGAAGUCGUCUUCGAAGUCGACGUCAACGGCAUCCUCAAGGUCACCGCCACCGAGAAGUCAUCCGGCCGAUCUGCUAAUAUCACCAUCUCCAACGCCGUCGGCAAGCUCUCCACCUCCGAGAUCGAGAAGAUGAUUGCGGACGCCAAUGAGUUCAAGGGCCAGGACGAGGCCUUCACCAAGAAGUUCGAGGCUAAGCAGCAGCUCGAGUCAUACAUUGGCAGAGUUGAGGAGUUGAUUAAUGAUCCAGGUCUAAGUCUGCGCAUGAAGAAGGGCAACAAGGCCAAGAUCGAGGAGGCUUUGAGUGAUGCGAUGAGCCAGCUGGAGGUUGAUGACAGCAGUCCGGAGGAUCUCAAGAAGAAGGAGCUGGCACUCAAGCGUGCGAUGACCAAGGCCAUGGCUACUCGCUAG